AUGUUCUUUUACGACUCCACUCUUCAGCUUUACAUCAGCGAUAAGCCCCUUUUGAUCUCGGACAGGGUAUUAAAAGCAGGAGAAAGGAUUGGCAUAUCCGUCACUUGGGAUGAUAACGGUUAUGUGAACAAAGUCUCGUACAAAAUGGCAAAAGGUCUCAGCCAGGAAUUGGGUUCCGUCUUGCUUACCGUCCAAGAUUUCAUGGGAUUAGCACAGAGGCAACCCUGGGCUGCUUCGCAGGAGUUUGCAGAGUGGCUAGAUGACACAUACACCCUCUCGCAGGAGAGUACGGCUAUGCUUGACGCUAAGGGCAAUCCCAUUUCAGUGCCUCAAGCACGGCCUGCAUGGUUCUCACUCGACAACAUCGACGGCCGAGGCCUUCCUACACUGCUCUCCGAGUUCCCUGAGAGGGACUUAUGGAAAUUCUGGACCCUCGGACACCGCGGCUUCACUGCUGCCGCAGUCCGAAGUUUCGUUGUUUCGUCCGGCACAUGCUCGUUAGACCUCGGCAUUCCACAGUUUGCGAGGCACAGUAAGCUGAUGGUUAGAGAAUGCUAUCGAACCAAACCGGCCACAACCCAAACGAGUAUUGACCGACUGUGGCCUGACUAUUUGUCGAAGACACUGAGCCGAGAUGACGAGGCAAUUCGAUCAUUUCUUGUCUCUAUUGAUCCAGAAGAAAUCGUUUCGCACUGCCUCCAAGACAAAUUCAUCACUGAAAGGGAUCAGGAACGGUUGGCUGAUCUCAUGGGAAAGAAGCGCCUCCUUCUCGGCGAUUACCAAGGUCUCCGUCCAAUGACCUGCGAGACCAUUUGCAAAGCCAUCUCGGCGCCGAAGGCUUCCGACAUGACCUACGUCACUGGGCAUCAGAAUCCAGACGCAGACUCAAUCGUAAGCUCUGUUUUCGAGGCUACCAGACGGAGUCUAGUGUAUCCCGAAAAGCCAUGUGUUGCAUGGGUCGAAAGACUGCCCCCUGUUGUUGAAACGAUUUUGGGUUCUGAUAUAAGUGCACGUAUCAGAAAUACGCCAAAGUUUGAACCACAUCACGAUGUAGUCCUCGUUGACUGCCAUCGUUUUGAUCAUGGCCAUCAGUACCAGGUGAGGUCCAUCAUAGACCACCACAUAAUCACGACCAAGUUUCCCUAUUACGUCUCCAUCAGCCAAGAGGUAUCAUGGUCAUCGACUAUCCAGGUCUAUAUCAAAAUGUUAGGAUCCGGACUCGAUGUAGACCAACAGACCGCUAGGAUACUUCUCGAGGCGACCGAGAUCGAGGCCGAACCUCAUUUGAUGCAGUCAAUGAGCAGAAUCGAUCAGAUGGCUCUGGAAAGACUUAAGUCACUUUCCCAUGGAAGUGCGUCGUAUCAAGAUCUCAUGCAGCUUCUCCUCCAUAGCAACGUCGAGGUCGACCCAUUCCUCGAGGACUACAAAGAAAGUUGCUAUGGGUUUGCAGUGCUUAAGUCUCAGAGGCUUACGUCGUACGAUGAGCGGGCCAUGAAAAACAAUGUAGAGAAGCAUCUUCCAUUGACUGUUGUUAAACAGGUCAUAUUCGACGGAACCAUGUUCGAUCGCCUCUCAACAGAGAAAAUAUCAAUGCACUUCAAUGAUCGCUUCUAUGACAAAGGAUUCAGGAAUGCUGUCAAACAUGUCAUUUUAUCUGCCUGUGCUGCUUUUCACGGCGCUGAUAACGUGACUGAGGAUGGUUUCAGCGUUCUAGUGACUAAUGUACCUUGUCAAACUCCUCGUUUGCUCUUGAUGCCUGCUUUAGAGGGUAUUGUGAAAGAGCAUUUGAGGUUUUUCUACUCGACGACCAUUGGAAGGUUCGUGUCCUGCGGGUUCUACACGGAUAUCACCGCGGUUUACGGAAGACCCGGGGAGGAAACACUCCCAACAACGUGCAUGUCCUUCGAUCACGUCAAGGGACUUCUUUCAAAACAAGAAAACACGUCUUUCCUGAGCUUGAAGCAGUUUUGGUAUGUAUACCAUGAGCGUCAGGGUUUGGGAGACACGGUGUCCCUCGAUAGCAUGCGGAAUAGUCAAUACGUGGAGCUUCUAGACACGGUCAUUCGGGAAGGGAAAGCGGUCAGCCAUGGUGAAGAGCCGACAAUUACAUUGCGCAUUGAAGACGCAAAGCCUGCGCUUAUUCGGUCUCGUGAUAUUGACAGAGCGACGGGCUUCCCUAGUCAGUUGAUAUCGCCAGACACUUAUGGAGAUCCGGAACUCUGGAGGUACUGGUCACCAGAUCGAGAUGAGAAUGUUGCCACCAGAGGUCAUAUCUUCGUUAUGGAUCAGACAAGUAUCGACCUCAAGAUUGGGCGCAAUGAAAGGACCAAGCAACUUACGUUUCGACCCAUCUAUCGCGACAUUUGUGACUUGAAGUAUGAGAUACGACCUGACGGAGGGCGAUGGAUUUCUGUCACGGUAUUUCCCAGAUUGUUUUCCGUUCCAGGCUCGGGAUAG